CGUGUAGGUGUGCGUGGCCACCAAAAUCCCCAAAACCCACUCUCAAAUCUCAACCAGAAACCAUUACCUUACCAUGUGGGCACUGCCCUACGUGUCCCCACCCGGACAACUCCAUCUCCUCCACCCCAAUUCCAAAACGCCUCGCGCCGUCUCGGCCAAUUCUCAGCCACCCCAAAACGACGUCGGUGGCUUGGGCCGUACCAUACUCACAGCUCUCCAGUCCAAUCCCAAACCCAUCACCACCACCAGUACUGCUUCAAUUCCAAAUCCAAACCCAAUGCUCAAAAGAGAAGAGAAAAAGGAAGAAGAUGGGAAGCAGAUUAGUGGGUCGGAUGUGCUUUGGGCUAUGCAGAAAGCAGCCGCCAAGAAGAACAGGGUGAGUGGUAAGAGUAAGAGUAAGAAGAAGAAGAUGAUGAUGAUUAUGAGCAGAGAAGGGUUAUCCUCUGUGAGCGGUCACAGGGAAGAAGAGCUUGCUGGAGAUUACAGUAAUGUUCGACCCUUGUGCAUCAAGACUGAGUGGGGUCCCAAGUUGGAUGAGUUGGAGAAGAGUCUUCAGGAGCUUUACGAGACGAAGUAAAUAAGAAUUACCUAUUUGUGUUCCCUAUAAUGUAAUAUAAUAUUACAAACUUCAACAACCAUGCAUCGUUUUGUUUGUGUAGGUUUAUUUGGCCAUUGAAACUUUUUAAUUGUUUGGUUUUGGUUGUUGAGAAUA